AGCGCUCUGGCCGUCGGUGCGCUGGCUCUCGCGGCGGCACUGCCGGGCGCUGAGGCCAAGGGCAUCGGUGGGACUCGCGAGAUCAGGACCUCCUCGGUCGCCUACUGUUCGACGCCCAUCGCAAUUCUGGUGACGGACCUGCAGCUCAAUCUCUUUCCGGACAACCAGACGCUCGAGUUCAGCAUCUCGGCGGCCUCGACGCAGGACAAUUUGGACGUCAGCGUCUCCAUCAACCUCGACGUGUACGGCGGCCUGGCCGAGAUCACCGCAGGCAUCAACCUGUGUGACGUGGCAGCCGGCUUCCUCUGCCCUUUGCCACAGUAUGACUUCAGCGCAUCUGGCAUCUUCCCGGUCCCCGCUGCGCUCUUCGAUCGCAUUCCCGAGAUCGCCUACCGCGUGCCCGACCUCGAGGCAGUCGCGACAGUGCAGCUGACCGACACGAACACCAACACCGUCGUGGGCUGCGUGCAGGCGACGCUCUCCAACGGCCACACCGCGCGGCAGUCCGGCGCAAAGUGGGCCACGGUCGGCCUGGCGCUCUUUGCGCUCUUCGCCUCGCUGCUGCACUCGUUCAUCGCGCAAAGCGUCGGCGCAGCGCAGUGGCGCGUCGUUGAUGUGAUGCUCGCUAUCCAGCACCCGGCCGUCGUCUCGCUGCUGAGCCUCAACUACCCGAUCGUCUACAUCCAGUAUGCUUUGAACUUUGCCUGGUCACUGGGCCUGGUCAACAUCGCGCCGCUGCAGCGCUCGAUCACGGCGACGCGCGCGCGCGCCGGCGAUCUUUCGGGCGGCAUCUUCGGAGAGGAGCUCAUCGCGCAGGUCGGGCGCCAGACCACCGUCUUUGGCACCGACGGAGGAAGCACGAGCGGCGUGGGCGUCAGCGGCGGCGGCCUGCUCAGCGGCCUGAGCGCGCGCAGCCUCGCCGAGCGCGCCAUCACGUAUCUCAAGCCGCUGUCCUCGCACGCCGAGCUUGUCGGCAGCCGUCUGGCGCGCCGGCAACAGUACGCGCCGAACACCGGGCCCGGAGGUGCCAUGGCCACGUCCGACGAUACGACGGCGCUGCCCAUCAUCACGGGCGAGAGCGACCACACGUCGGACAUCGGCACGUUUGCCCAGUACCGGAACAUUGCGCCCGGCAACGUCUUCCUCACCGUGCUGACCUCGAUCGGCAUCCUUCUGGGCAUCGUGCUUGCCGCGCUGCUGCUCGCCUUCCUCAUCGCCCUCGCCGUGCGCUUCUUUACGCGCAAGAACAGCACGACUCGCGCCGGCCACUGGUCGCGCCGUGUCACUCGGCCGCGCGAGUUCCUCGGCGUGCUCCUGCCGGCGUUCCUCAGCCGCUUCUGGCUCGUCACAUUCCCGGUCCUCACGCUCUUCGCCUUCUACCAGUGGUACUUUGGCGCCGCGUGGCCGGCGCAUCUCGUCGCCGGCCUCUCGUUCGGCCUCUUCCUGCUCGUCGGCGCGGCCUUCCUUGUCCCGAUGCUCCUCCACAGCCGCCGCGCCGGCUCCGACUCGCUCUACUACGGCAAGGGCAAUUCGCCUGAGCUCGGCAGCACGGCCGCCAAGCGCUGGGGCCAUAUGGCACACCCCUACCGCCCGACGUUCUUCUACUUCGCCUUCAUCUUCGUGCUCUGGUCGAUCAUCCGCGCCUGCUGGAUCGUGUUCGCGCAGGGCCACGGCUUCCGCCAGGCCGUCGGGCUGCUCGUCUUCGAGUUCGUGUUCUUCGUGCUCCUUCUCGUCUUCCGCCCGGGCCGCGACAAGAAGUCGGACUGGGUGUAUGUUGUCCUUACCUUCUGCCGCAUGGCCAGCUUUGGCGUCGCCGUCGCCUUCACCGAGCAGGCCGGCCUCGACCCGCUGCCGCGUGUCAUCGUCGGCUUCGUGAUGCUCGUGGUCACCGCGCUGCCGAUCAUCUUCACGUUCUUCAUGGUCCUGUGGGACCUCAUCUCUGCGCUCCUGCCGUCGAAGCGCCGGCCCGCACCGCUCGAAAGCGAGAAGGGCGAGUACCAGUACGGCCAGGCGGCGGCGGCAAACCGCGACUCGCACAUCUCAGACCCCGCCGCGGCGUCGUCUGCCAGCUCGCUCGACGCAGAGCGGCCGGGA